AUGCCGGCGCCCCAGGCUGCGAGGCCCCCAGGCUCCGUGCUUCUGAAGAGGCCGCGAGACUACGCCGCCGUGGACCAGCCGACGCUGUCGGCAAAGAAGAAGAGGGAGGGAGCGGCCGCACCCUCGGAGACCCAGCAGCCUGGCAGGGCCGCACAUCCUCCGGCGCAGAAGGGCGGCAACAGCCCUCGUGCCUCUCCGGCCCGGUCAUCCUCGCGAGGCCCGGAGGAACGUCCCCAGGAGAAGGCGACCUCCACAAACAAGCCGGCUCCUGAGGCACCCGUUCUCAGCUCGCCGGCCGAGGUCUCUCAGGCUCUGGAGCUCCUGGCUUCUUCUUCUGCUACCAUCAACUCGCAGAUCCUGGUGACGACGCUGCCUCCUCCUUCCGUCACACCGCUAGCUUGUGAUCCUUCUGCUUCGCCCAACGCUCUAGAGAAGGCUCUUUCUGCGCUGACCCGGCUCCGGGAUGAUCUUCAAGGCGCUGACUGUCGCCUGGUGGCGGGGCGCCUGGAGCUGAUCUCAGGUUGGCUGCACUCCGACGCGUCUGUCAGGGCAGCGCUGGGCCAGGUCAUGGAAGCUUUCGAGGAGGACAAGCGGGCCGUCGACCAAGCCAUGGCCACCCGCGAGGUGGCGCUGAAGGAUGCCGAGGCCGCCAAGGAGCGCUACACGGCGGCGGAGAUCAAGUUGGAGAACCAGCGCAAGGAACGGGCUCUGGCGCAGGCGCAGGCAGCGGAACACGACUGCCUGAAGAAACUGGAGAAGGAGGUGGAAGCUGAGAGGGUCCAGCUGGAAAUCAAGGCGAAGGUUCUUGCCGAGGACCGCGAGGCCUUCAAGUCUCUUGAGGAGAGAUCCCGCGAGGCGCUACGGGAACUCUACGAGAAGGGCUUGGAGAAGCCUUUGGUGACAGACGACGACGGCCCCGCCCAGCUACUUCCUCAGCUCGUCAUGGCGCUCGAGGACGUCGUCAAUGGAAUUGGCCCCAUGGUGGAGGGGAAGCGCGCGCGCUCUCCUCAUCGGCCUUGA